UUGAGAAUUGUGCACUCAAAGCGCACCGUGUUGAACUGUUGAUGAAAAGAAUAUUUGUUCAGACUACAAAACAUUUUCCGCCCAGCAGACCAGGGGACACGAAGAACAUUAGGAAAAAGAAGCAGGACAUUAAUUGGAACUAACUGAGAACUGGAGGUGACAUUAGCUUCUUUCCAGUCCUUUGGUGCUCUGCCCUGGUUAAGUGAAGCCUGAAAGAGUAUUUUGAACACUGGGGCUAGCUCAUUGCUUAGUUCUUUGAGUAAUCUAGCUGGAAUACCAUCAGUGACAUAGUAUAAAACCAUGGUCAACGUAGACAUGUCCGAGAACAAUGUGGAAACUCCCCAGAGGACAUCCCCUGCUCCACCAAAAACUCCCCAGAGGACAUCACCUGCUCCACCAAAAACUCCCCAGAAGACAUCACCUGCUCCACCAAAAACUCCCCUGAUGACAUCACCUGCUCCACCAAAAACUCCCCAGAGGACAUCCCCUGCUCCACCAAAAACUCCCCAGAUGACAUCACCUGCUCCACCAAAAACUCCCAAUGAAAACGAAGAAUCAAAAAGAGAAUCUAAAUCAAAAAAAGGAUUGAUACUCAUUGCCUCUGGUCUAGCUGGAAUUGGAGCUGUAGCGAUGGCCCCUGCAGCUCUCACCGCUGCUGGUUUUGGAGCUGCAGGAAUCACAGCUGGGAGUCUUGGUGCUAGUAUGGUGUCUUUAGCAACUAAUUCUGGUAUUGGAAUGGGUCUUGUCAGCGUUCUACAGUCUGCAGGAGCUGCUGGGAUAGGAAUGACGGGCAACACGCUGAUUGGUCUAGGUGGAGCAGCCGUCGGAGGGGGAAUGGCUGCUGCUGCUACGGGCUCGUCUACCAAAGUGCAAAGAAAAUCCAAAGAAAAAGGUUCAGGAGAUAGAGCCACUCAGACCCCAAGCCUCCGUACUGACACAUCGAAAGUUGCAGAAAGUCCAGUAAAAGAACUUGGGGAGUUGGACAUCAGCAAACUCAAGAGUGUCACUACGGCAGCUACUAAUAAAUCUCUAAAGGAUGACAAAAUGGAAACAAAACAGAAAGCGUCACCCAGCGCACCGAAACCAAACGUUAGGAGAGACUUGUAUGUCAUUGAAAGUAGAGGUGAUCAAUGUCCUUUAGACUUAGAGAAUACUGCAGGACUUGGAGGGUUGACCUUACGUACAAAGUAAUAGAAUCUUUAUCUACAGGCUUGAGAUAAUGUUGGUUGUACGAUACAACACUACCCUCUUCUCAGAUGGUAUAGAAUCUUUCAAAAGAUUCAUAUUCUGAAUGGAUAUGUUCAAAACAUCUUGUUACUACGUGAUAAUGACAUCUUUGAGUAAAACUGAAACGUUUGAACUAUUUGAUUUAAAAUCUUUGGAAUGACCAAGAAAUAAAAGCACAAUGCAUCUCUA